UGCAUUUAUUUUGGAAAUGCAAAAAUACAUUUUGUUGUUUUAUUGUACUUAAGGAAUAUUGUUAAACAAAGAAACCACAGCCCAAAAACUGCUUCGUUUCCCUCCAGCACUGAUACGGUUAACAGAGGUUGACAAGCGACGGGUAGCUGCGCAUGCGCAACUGGAGCUGACAGAGGAAGCUGCCGGGGAGUAGUCAAACAGUCCACGAUCAGAGAGAAAGAAGGAAGAAAAGAAAACGAGAAAAGACCCACGGCGCCGGUCCCACUGUGGUCCUGCCCCAUCGAGACCAUUAUGCUCUUCUCGGCGCCUUCGCUUCCUCUCAAGUGUCCGCUUCCCGGUCGCUGAAUGGCGCUGGUUACCGUGCAGCGUUCACCGACCCCCAGCACCAGCUCCAGCCCCUGCGUUUCGGAGUCCGGUAGCGGGGAGGACGACCGUCGCUCUCAGCAGAGGAGCAUCAGCGAAAGCUUCCUAACAGUAAAGGGGGCGGCUCUCUUCUUACCUCGAGGAAAUGGCUCCCCCCUCUCCACUUCGUCCCGUUUCUCUCAGCUGCGGAGUAAGCAUGCAGGAGAUAUCCAGCAGCACCUUCAAACAAUGUUCACUCUCCUCCGGCCAGAGGACAACAUCAAGUUGGCUGUGCGAUUGGAAAGCGUUGGUCCACAGAUGACCCGCUACAUGGUGGUCGUCUCGACCAAUGGUCGCCAGGAUACAGAGGAGAGUGUGGUACUGGGGAUGGAUUUCAGUCCUGUAGAUGGGUCCUGUUCUGUGGGACUGGUUCUGCCUUUAUGGAGUGACACUUUGAUACAUCUGGAUGGAGAUGGAGGUUUCAGCGUAUCAACUGAUAACAGAGUUCAUGUGUUCAAACCUGUUUCUGUGCAGGCCAUGUGGUCGGCCCUGCAGUCGCUCCAUAAAGCAUGUGAAGUCGCCCGCUGCCACAACUACUUCCCGGGCAGCUUGUUCCUCACCUGGGUCAGUUACUAUCAAAGCAGAGUCUCCUCUGACCAGACCCGCAUCAACGAGUGGAACGCCAUGCAGGACGUGCAGUCCCACCGAGCGGACUCACCUGUGCUCUUCUCUGACAUACCCACAGAAAGAGAACUGACAGAGCGGCAGAUCAAAACCAGCUUGAGAGAAAUCAUGACGCAGAAAGAUUUGGAGAAUGUCACCUGUAAAGAAAUCCGAACAGAGCUGGAAAUGCGCAUGACAUGCAACCUUCGGGAGUUCAAGGAAUUCAUAGACAAUGAGAUGAUUGUGAUCCUGGGCCAGAUGGACAGUCCUACAGAGAUCUUUGAUCACGUCUUCUUGGGAUCUGAGUGGAAUGCAUCCAAUUUAGAGGAGCUGCAGAAGAGCGGAGUUCAGUACAUCCUGAAUGUAACGAGGGAGAUUGAUAACUUCUUCCCCGGUGUGUUCGAGUACCAUAACAUCCGCGUUUACGACGAGGAAGCCACCGACCUGCUUGCCUAUUGGAACGACACCUUUAAGUUCAUAUCAAGGGCAAAGAAGUCUGGGGCCAGGUGCCUGGUGCACUGUAAGAUGGGAAUCAGCCGCUCUGCAGCCACAGUGAUCGCCUAUGCCAUGAAGGAGUACGGCUGGGAUUUGAAAAAAGCCUUUGCGUACGUCAAAGAGCGCCGCACCGUGACGAAGCCAAACCCUUCGUUCAUGAGGCAACUGGAGGAGUAUCAGGGCAUACUCCUGGCCAGCAAGCAGCGGCACAACAAACUGUGGCGUUCUCACUCUGAUAGCGAUCUGUCUGAGCACCACGAGCCACUGUCCACAUCCCAUGCCCAGCCCCACAGCCUGGGUCGCUCAGACCCCCACAACCAAGCCAGCAUCACUCCUGGUCAAUCAAUGAAAGAACUGCUGGAGUCGAUGGGAACUCCAACCAGCAAAGCAGCGGUCUCCCCCGCCCAGCCCGAUACUGGCGUCCCUCCUAAUCAGCUUGGCUCCUCUUCCUUUGAAGGGCUGGCAACUCUGUCUGGUGACGAUGAAGCUCAAAGCCUCAAGGCUUCUUCUCAUGCCGCCAAGAGCAGCCAGGAUUCCACGGCCGGGUCUUUGACCUUAUCUCCUCUGCUCUCAAACACUUCAUGUACCUCCCAGGAGCGGCCUUCAGCACUUCGCCCCUCAGAGCCGAUGGCCGCCACCGUGGUCCCAGAACCUCAAAAGACUAACAUAGUGACUUUUGCACAAAGCGUUUUGGUAGACCAGCCCAACCCCCCUUUACCUGGUCACCACCCACCCUCCUCUCCUGCUCCGUCCACGGCUCCCGCAAGCACAGACGAACCGGUCAAACCGCAGGGAUCCUCCUGCACUCCAGCUGUGACCACUGCGGUGUCAGCCCCUGCUUCCACAACACAAACGCCAAGCACACACCAAGCCGGCACACACCAAGCCGGCCCUCCCUGCGCGUCGGCACCAGGGUCAGUCGGAAAAGAAGACGGCGACAGACCUGGAUCUGGCCUGUCGUCAGGCACCGCAGCACAUCCGUCCUCGACCAAUGAUUUUGUCAGUGCCAUUCCACAAGACAACGUACUGCUGUUUGGCCAUAGUGCAGAUCACAUCAACUUUUUCAGUGCGAGGGAGAAGUUCAAAGAAAUGAGUCAAGACAGUAAAGCCUCCAGUGCUGCACCAAGUUGUGGCAAAGAAAAUCAGACAAUCCCUUCAAGUGAGGAGAAAGAAGAGGAGAAACAAAAGGACAUGUAUGCUCCUGUGCAGGUCACAGGAGCCAAGUCCACAGAGACCCUUUGCCAACCUGUAGCUCAGAGCUCCCAAGACCAAAAUGUGACAAAGACAAAACCAGAAACGGAAGAUCCGGAGGAUGAGGUCAUCUCUCAGCAGGAACCCGCAAGCGACAAAGAGGAAGUGAAGAAUAAAGAGGAAGAUGAUGGCACUUCUCCUCGUCUCUAUAGCAACUGGACUAGGGGCUCAGUCCGGCGUGCCACUCAACAAUUGGAACAAAGAAUGAAGAAGGAGCAUGAAACUCCAUCGCCGUCCUCUUCUCCGCCGCCGCUCUCCGCUCACUCUCAGCGUCGUCCGCACAGUGUCCAUACUUCCACAGUGUCUCCACCUCAGAGUGCAUCAGUUUGCAGGCAGGCGUCGGCAGCGGAUGUCCUGAAGGAGGGGGGCGGUGGGCAGUCUAGGACUGUUGGGAAAGGAGAUGCUCUGGAAGCUGGGAUGCAGGUUCAGGAGAACAGUGACAGAUGCACCAAGGGACACAAAUUCCAGCCUGCUGAUACCAGAUUGCUGUCUACCUCUUCUAAUUUACUCUACUCUGCCAAGUCUCCGUUUGCCUCAGUUAACUUCCUGUGCUUGGAGGGUGUGACAGAGUUGGAGUCGGGCACAGACUGGGACUGCUUCAUGGAAAGAGCUCACGGUGACGUCGUCAUGAGGGAGACGUGGGAGACUUUGUGCGAGCUGGGUGCCUUCUUGCAGCAGGUGAGCAUGGAUGGAACCUGCAAGGCGAGGCACACCGGUCCGUCUGUGGGAGCUGCUCAGAAGCGAGGAUGCACUUUCCAAAAGAAACUGGUAGAAGCCAGGAUUCGCCAGGCGGGACUGACUCCGCCCUCUUUAAUGAAGCGCUCUGCCUCACUGGCCAAACUGGGCUGCUUAGAACUGCUCGCCAACGAUCUGAACGAAUGGGAGCUCAGCUGCUCCCUCAUGGCUACUCCCUCCGAACAAGCACCAGUCCACACAGCAGGGGAUGAGUCCAAGAAGCAGCGCGUGCACAGCUCUACCUGCUGUGGAGGUGAGCCGCCAGAAGCCCUGUAUAUCCCCGCAAAGAUGCUGUAUGAAGCGGUCGACCCCUCAGCCGGAGCAUCUCUGCCACCCAAUCCGAGUCAACAGCCACGCAGACUCCUAAGCGGUGGUCAGGACUCCUGGCUCCCACCCGGGCCCAUGUUGCUGACAGCAAGGCAGCAGUAUGGAAGAACUCACCCCCUGAGGCAGCUUAAAAAAAGAACCGUUAGUACCCCGUACCACACCAUGUGACCCCUCGCACUGCGCCUGCAUAAGAGCUAAAGGGGUCGUGCACAUGCAUCGGAAACUCAGCCGCACAGAUAUAAGAUUUAUUCAGCAAAACCCACCGAUGCCUUUUGCCUUAAAGACCUGUUUUAGUAGUUUCUGUGUUUUUUCUGCACAUCUUCCUCGGCCUCCGUAAACUCCGAUAUGUGAGAUGAGCCUUGGAGGGAAAGCAGUGGCAAGGCUCGAGUUAAAACGACGGACUUUUCCAGACUUUUCCAGAUAAAUCUUUGGCAAGCAGCUGAAACAAUCAUUAGUGUGGCUUCAUACAGAUUGGCCUACAUGCACUCCUUAUGCACUGCUGGUUUAUCAUUUAUCAUUCUGCAUUUCAAGCCGUUUGACAAGCCCAACCUCAUUGAUGGUGGAAUGUAGUCGUUUUGUUACUAAGCUUUCCAUCAAUAUCUGAUAGUUGUGUUUGAAUUGAUGCAGCUGUUUUAUUGAUCUAAACAUAUCAACCCAGACUUAUCAGUGUCCGGCUCAAGUCGGAUAUUCCAAAAAUCUGACUGCGCUGCUGACAGACGUCUUAAACAUGGAACUGAAAACAGACCCACACUGGUUUUGAGGCCAAAAAUUGUUAAGAUAUUUUGUUUUUGUUUCGUUUUUUCAAAUUUCUGAAUGCAUUAACUAGACCUGACCUGCACAACUAUUAGGUUCAGGUUUCCUCAAACCCCCCUCCCAAUCAGAAAUCCUUUUACCACAUGAUAAACUGGAAUAAAGACGUCUUUCACCCUCAUGAUGCUACUUCCGUUCAAUGAAGUAUGAAUGACAGAGGCAGAAAAGAAGGCAGGAUUCUGGCGUUAAAGGCUGAGUGUACAUUUGUGAGUUUUUUGCUGUGUUCUCUUUGGGAUGUAAAGGUUUAUAUUGUGUCAAUACUUUGACCUGUAGGUUAAUUUUUUAAAUCUCAUUUUGUGUCGGGAGUGUAACUGUGCAGCACAAUUUUUACCACAUGGAUGUGCACAUAGUUUUUAAAAUUCUUUUUGUUGAAAUGUUCGGAGUGUGCCUGGGAUGGGCAAAUGAAACCUCUCUGCGAUCAGAAAUGUCUGUCAAACGUGCACUUUACUCCCUGUCGUUUUUUUCAGUUUUAAAUGUGGCUUUUUCUUCUGCGUGUUUGCUACUUUCUGGGAAGCAUGCUGAUGUAGUGGCAGACUUUUGGGUAUGUCUGUAUAUUGUCAAACUUUUUGUUUGUUUUUCUUUCAUUUUAAACUAUUAGUGUAAAUAUGAUUUUAUAUAAUGUGGUUUGACUGUGACCAUUAAACAGUGGAGAUUAUCAUAAAA